AUGACAGCAAGUCUCAUCCAAGCCGGAGCAUCCAGUCGCCUAGAUGGUGUCAAUGGUCUCGUAGGAUGGAGAUGGAUGUUCAUCAUAUGCACGAUAAUCACCAUCCCAAUUGCAAUUGCAGGAUUCUUCCUCCUUCCAGGCACGCCCGAGAAGCCAAACAGACUCAUUCUCAAGGAAAAAGAUAUCCAGCUGGCCAAGUCCCGACUUGAGCGAACUUCACACUCCGUCCAAGAAGAGGUACUCACCUGGCGCACUUUCUUGAAGAUAGGUCGCAAUUGGAAAUUUUGGGCUUUCCUCUGGCUCAAUAUCUUCUUCUGGAAUGGCAGUAUUAAUAGCAGCAGUGGAGGUUAUUUGCUAUGGCUGAAGAGUCUGAAGAGGUACUCUACCAGUCGACUGAAUGAGCUUUCAGCUAUAUCGCCUGGCCUGGGCAUUUUCUAUGUCCUCCUGAUAUGCUUCGCAUCUGACUUGUAUCUCGGCCCUGCUUGGGCGAUCACCGCGGCACAUGUAUGGAAUUCGAUCGGGUGCAUCAUCUUAAUAAUCUGGGAUGUACCGGAGUCUGCAAUUUGGUUUGCUUUCUUGACAACUUAUUCCGCAGUUGCCAUGUCUAGCGUACUUUACGGCUGGAUCAAUACCCAGCUACGUGCCUCGUCUGUUGAGAGGGCCGUCACUCUGGUUAUUGUCAACAUGGUUGCCCAGUCGACUACUGUUUGGACACCGCUGCUAGUCUUCAAAACGGUCGAGGGACCGCGGUUCACAAAGGGAUAUUCUUUUGUUCUUGCCAAUGCCAUCUGUCUGAUUGCACUGGCACAUGUCAUUCAGCACUAUGUCUCUCGAGAAAAGUAUGUGGAAUAA